CGCAGUUGGAGGAAGUGGGGCUUUUACAAUUAGGUAGGGCUUGUUUCUGAGAAUACACAACACAGCCAGCGAAAUGGAGUAAAGUCAACUGUUCUUAUUCGGACUCAAAGGGGAUAACAAGAGGAAAUCGGUGCCUCUUGGAGGACCGUAAACAAGCAAGAUAUCAAACGUUGUCCCGCGUCGUCAGUCUGUCGAAUGCACAGAUCUCAGCUGCGGCUUGUGCAGAUUGAGGAGCACAAACGGUUGAUGGUUACAACUUUACGGGGGAAGUCACUGACGGGCAGCAAAUAUUACCAAGUUAUAUGUACUUAGGUUCUUCGUUUAUAUUUCAUUGCCUGUUCGUCAGCUAGUUUGCAAGCUGUUGAUCUCAACAACAACAAAAAAUCUACUUCUAGUUGAAGACUCGGUCGCGAGGUACCGUGGACGGUCACCAAGCUAAGGUUAACUUGCCAAUUUCCUCCAGCGCCCCCUCCCCCAUUAUAGCUAGCUAGCCACUGUCUCCAUAGAGCCCACACACUGGGGUGAAAUAAAUUACUAUGGCUCAUUUUGUGCGGGUUCGUUGGUCUCUUGUGAAAUAACAUGGAUUUGGCUGAAGAUCAGGAUUCGUUACCUAACUGAGAUGGCGAGCUAGCGAACUGGAUGACUGGGGUUUCGUUGCGAUAAAGCGGUUGUGUUAGCUAGCGCUAGUUUGUUACAUAUGCUUCCUAUAUGAACUAUCUCAUCCAGCUAUCUAUUGGCUAACUCGCUACCAGUAGCACCGGGUUCCACAGCAGAUAGUAAUAACACUUCUCCCUUGUCGACCACGUACAUUGAGAAUCUAGCUGGCUGAAUGUCCAUUUGAAAUGUGGCAUCUAACGUGAAGUCAGCGCCAACAACUGAACGCUUGUUCUCUUGAUCGCUCAGUUCGAUAGUUGUCGCCGACGUUAGUUAGCUAAAGGAGAUUUUAGUCGGGUAUCUAGCACAUUGUUUCAGCAUAGUUUUUGCGUGCUGGAUAUUCAGCUAGCAACCUGCAUCUGUGGUUUGAUGUCCUCUUUCUGAUAUCUCUGUGUAGGAUCCUAUGCCAAUAAGACAAUUGUUUUGAUUCUUCGUGUUGGUGAAAACGUUUGGACCUGAACCGAACUACUGUAUUCGCUAGUAUCUCCACCAUUCAUUCGGCAGUAGUUUUUUUGUGUGAUACAGGCGAGCUGGCUUGCUCUUGUUAUUUUAGCUUUCUACCCCUGUCAUCGUUGUCACACGAGGAUGUCUUUAUCGAAUACCAAUUCGAUAGAAGUGAUACAACCCAUCUUUGUCGACGCAUAAAGUCAUGUUUUAUUUUGAAGCAGAUGCGACGAGACGCAAUUAGGAAGCUUGAAGCAUACGUCUUGCUGGAGUAUCACGUACCGCAAUAUCACAAUUUUAGCUUUUCAAGAAGAUAAAACAAACUAUGUGGCUAGGAUCAGUGGGGUUUUACAGUUAUUAUCUAGUUCGCCACAUCUAGCAGGUGGGCCAUCUAAAUAAGUGAAGCUCUCAGAAAGGUGGUCAACGAAAUCUCUCAUCAAUCUUGUCUGGCCAUUGAAAGCACUAUCAUUUUUGGCACACAAAAAAAUACCCAGAUGAUAAAUACUUUUAUUUUUGUGUAACAAUGGUUGUGUUUUGAGGGACCGUGUGUGCCGAACCUAGAGGAAGAAAACGACACGCUUCAUUCGAUGGUCGCCCCUGUCAUCCGCAUAGCUGCCUCGGUCGCCCAGGUUGGAUCUAGAUUCUAACCAUUUUCAGUGGACAUUUUGCUUUAUUUUUCAACAAGAAAAAACCUUCCCACGGCUGGUGUUGUAUCGACUCGGUCGAACCAGGGUUGAAGAUGGCGGACCUCGAAGCAGUUCUCGCCGAUGUCAGCUAUUUGAUGGCGAUGGAGAAGAGCAAGUCUACUCCAGCGGCCCGAGCGAGCAAGAAAAUCAUACUGCCUGAAUCCAGUAUUCGCAGUGUGAUGCAGAAGUACCUGGAGGAAAGAGAUGAGCUGACGUUCGACAAAAUCUUCAACCAGAAGAUCGGGUUUCUGCUGUUCAAGGAUUUUUGUUUGAAUGAAAUAGAUGAGGCCGUACCACAACUCAAGUUCUAUGAAGAAAUUAAGGAUUAUGAGAAGCUGGAUUCUGAAGAGGAGAGGUUGUGUCGUAGCAGACAGAUCUAUGAUGGAUACAUCAUGAAGGAACUCCUCUCCUGUUCACAUGCCUUCUCUAAGAAAGCAGUGGACCAUGUUCAGACUCACCUGGCCAAGAAACAGGUGCCUCCCUCUCUCUUCCAGCCGUACAUCGUGGAGAUCUGUGACAGUCUGCGAGGGAUGAUCUUCUGCAAGUUCAUAGAGAGUGACAAGUUCACUCGUUUCUGCCAGUGGAAGAAUGUGGAGCUGAACAUCCAUUUGACGAUGAAUGACUUCAGUGUCCAUCGUAUCAUUGGUCGAGGGGGUUUCGGGGAGGUGUACGGCUGCAGAAAGGCUGACACCGGCAAGAUGUAUGCCAUGAAGUGUUUGGAUAAGAAGAGGAUCAAGAUGAAGCAGGGAGAGACUCUGGCUCUGAACGAGAGAAUCAUGUUGUCCCUUGUCAGCACAGGGGACUGUCCGUUCAUAGUGUGUAUGACGUACGCCUUCCACACUCCAGACAAACUCUGUUUCAUUCUGGAUCUGAUGAACGGAGGGGACCUACACUACCACCUGUCUCAGCACGGUGUGUUCAGUGAGAAGGAGAUGCGUUUCUACGCAGCAGAGAUCAUCCUGGGACUAGAACACAUGCACAACCGCUUCGUCGUCUACAGAGACCUCAAGCCUGCUAACAUCCUAUUGGAUGAGCAUGGUCAUGUGCGUAUCUCAGACCUGGGUCUGGCCUGUGACUUCUCCAAGAAGAAACCUCACGCCAGCGUUGGUACCCAUGGAUACAUGGCCCCAGAGGUGCUUCAGAAGGGGACAGCGUACGACAGCAGUGCUGACUGGUUCUCCCUGGGCUGCAUGCUCUUCAAACUGCUCAGAGGGCACAGUCCCUUCAGACAGCACAAGACCAAAGACAAACAUGAGAUUGACCGGAUGACGCUCACUAUGAACGUGGAGUUGCCAGACUCGUUCUCUGUAGAGCUGAAGGGUCUAUUGGACGGUCUGCUGCAGAGAGACGUGGUGAAAAGACUGGGCUGCCUGGGACGAGGGGCCCCAGAGGUGAAGGAGCAUCUGUUCUUCAAAGGCAUUGACUGGCAGCAAGUGUAUCUCCAGAAGUAUUCUCCCCCUCUCAUCCCUCCUAGAGGAGAGGUAAAUGCAGCAGAUGCUUUUGACAUUGGUUCCUUUGAUGAGGAGGACACCAAGGGCAUCAAGGUAAAGCUCCAACACACACUACCCUUAUCUCAUGAAACCACCCAGGGCAUCAAGGUAAAGCUCCAACACACACUACCCUUAUCUCAUGAAACCACCCAGGGCAUCAAGGUAAAGCUCCAACACACACUACCCUUAUCUCAUGAAACCACCCAGGGCAUCAAGGUAAAGCUCCAACACACACUACCCUUAUCUCAUGAAACCACCCAGGGCAUCAAGGUAAAGCUCCAACACACACUACCCUUAUCUCAUGAAACCACCCAGGGCAUCAAGGUAAAGCUCCAACACACACUACCCUUAUCUCAUGAAACCACCCAGGGCAUCAAGGUAAAGCUCCAACACACACUACCCUUAUCUCAUGAAACCACCCAGGGCAUCAAGGUAAAGCUCCAACACACACUACCCUUAUCUCAUGAAACCACCCAGGGCAUCAAGGUAAAGCUCCAACACACACUACCCUUAUCUCAUGAAACCACCCAGGGCAUCAAGGUAAAGCUCCAACACACACUACCCUUAUCUCAUGAAACCACCCAGGGCAUCAAGGUAAAGCUCCAACACACACUACCCUUAUCUCAUGAAACCACCCAGGGCAUCAAGGUAAAGCUCCAACACACACUACCCUUAUCUCAUGAAACCACCCAGGGCAUCAAGGUAAAGCUCCAACACACACUACCCUUAUCUCAUGAAACCACCCAGGGCAUCAAGGUAAAGCUCCAACACACACUACCCUUAUCUCAUGAAACCACCCAGGGCAUCAAGGUAAAGCUCCAACACACACUACCCUUAUCUCAUGAAACCACCCAGGGCAUCAAGGUAAAGCUCCAACACACACUACCCUUAUCUCAUGAAACCACCCAGGGCAUCAAGGUAAAGCUCCAACACACACUACCCUUAUCUCAUGAAACCACCCAGGGCAUCAAGGUAAAGCUCCAACACACACUACCCUUAUCUCAUGAAACCACCCAGGGCAUCAAGGUAAAGCUCCAACACACACUACCCUUAUCUCAUGAAACCACCCAGGGCAUCAAGGUAAAGCUCCAACACACACUACCCUUAUCUCAUGAAACCACCCAGGGCAUCAAGGUAAAGCUCCAACACACACUACCCUUAUCUCAUGAAACCACCCAGGGCAUCAAGGUAAAGCUCCAACACACACUACCCUUAUCUCAUGAAACCACCCAGGGCAUCAAGGUAAAGCUCCAACACACACUACCCUUAUCUCAUGAAACCACCCAGGGCAUCAAGGUAAAGCUCCAACACACACUACCCUUAUCUCAUGAAACCACCCAGGGCAUCAAGGUAAAGCUCCAACACACACUACCCUUAUCUCAUGAAACCACCCAGGGCAUCAAGGUCAAAUCCACAGCAUUAUAUAACUGCUAAACCGGUAAUCCUGAUAUACAGGAUCAUACCUACAUCAUACUGCAACGCCCACACACACAUGCACACACACAUGCUCACACACACAUGCACACAUGCUCACACACACAUGCACACAUGCUCACACACGCACAUGCU